GAUCACAUGGAUUCAUAUUCGUGUUGAAACGAAAAAUCGAAAUGAAAACAAUUGUUAUCUUGCUCGUCGUUUCUUUCGUCGCCGUCUUGGGCUUUGGCGUUACAGAGGAAGAACGCGCAAAAUGGGAACAGAUUGAAAAAGAUUGUAUCGCUGAAUCUGGUGUUGAUCUGGCCGUAUAUCAAAAGAAAGAGAAACCAGAUGAAAAUGACGAAAUAUUAGCUUGUUACAUUUCUUGUAUAUAUAAAAAAUCCGGAAUUUUGAAAGAGGAUGGAAAAAUUGAUUGGGACAAAUUACGCGCUAAUAUGUCAAAACAUGAACCACAAGAAAAAAUUGAUGAGAUAUAUAACAAAUGUAAAGACGUUGAUGGAGAGGGUUGCCAAAAGGCAAAGAAUUUCAUGAAAUGUAUAGACGAUGUUGGUCGCGAUCAGAUGCAUUGAGCGAUUAAAAUUAAAUUCCGCAAGAAAAUCUAAUUGGAAUUAUUAAAGAGAUUUUAAUAUCAUCUAUCGUUUAUUAUACUUUAGUUAACAUUAAAAUAUUAUCUUGCACAUGUGUCAGUAACAAAACUGUAUUGAUAAGAAAGUAAAUACACGUUUCGUUU